GGAAGAAGUUAAUCCCUUCAAGUCUCCUUUUCUCUCACUCUUCCUUCCUUUUUUCUAGAGAGAGAAACUAAACUUUCUAGAGAGAGAAACUCAAGAACAAUUUCUACCUUCAGCUUGUUGCUGCUAGUUGAAUCUAUUCUGGGGUGCAUCGUCCCCUUUGAUGUUUCUGGGUAAAGAUUGUCAACUUUUCAAGCAUAGAGCAAAUGCCAUCACUAAGGAUGAAGAUGAAGUCAAGUGUGUGUUGUGUGAAAGAGAAAAACUGUCUACGUGUUUGUCAAAAGUCAAGUACAAUAUCCAAAAGGUCUCAUGUCAAGACUUCUCAGAUGGCAGAUGAUGCUGACACUUGUUGUCAGAGCUGCCAUGAAGUGCCUCCAAGCAGUGAAUCAAAUAAUCAAGACACUGGAGCUACCAACACUGAUGAAUGGCAAAGCUGUGAAGACAUCUUCAAACAGUUAGCUACCUCUUUCAGUGAUUCUGCAGUAACUGAGGGAAUGGAAUUACCCCCAGUCUCAUGCUCCACAAAUUUUGGAACAAUUUUCUCGCCCACUUUCUAUCAAUUCGAUGUUCGGGAUAUACCUAAUUCUUACUAUAACGCAGGAGUCAAUAUUGAUUCAGAUCCAUUUCAAUUUAGCGUGGCAGAGGAAAGUGAUGGUAAUAGUGGAAGUUCAUCUGACUAUCGAACUUGCAACAUUUCAGACAUGAUUCUUGCAGGUUCAACAUUUGAUGGGAGUUUCAUGUGUGAUAACAUUGCUGAGAAGCUCACAAUUCCUGCACAUGAGGUUGCAGACUCUAAUGUCUUCUUUGAUGGUACUGAACGACACAUGACUUUGCCCUUACUUAGUGAUUCUGCGGAAUUGAGCGAAAUUCUCCAUUCACGAACAUCUGAAGAAGCAAAAAUGGACUCUGAUGAUUCAAGCUUUUUGUUAGCUAUUCAUCAGGUUCGUCCUGGUGAACAAGAAGCAGAUCAUAGAUCUUGUGAUGAUUCCGACGAGGCACAGUAUUUUGAUCCUCAUUCAUUCAUUAGAAACUUGCCUGACCUAUCAGAGGUUGUACCUAGUACUCGGCCAACUAUUUUGCCAAAAGAAUCACGGGAAAAAAAGCCCGUUACUUUGGUUCUUGAUUUAGAUGAAACCCUUGUCCAUAGUACAUUGGAUCAUUGUGAGGAUGCAGAUUUUACAUUUACAGUUUUCUUCAACAUGAAAGCUCAUACUGUGUAUGUGAAAGAAAGGCCUCAACUUCGGCCUUUCUUGAAGAAAGUUGCAGAGAUGUUUGAAAUUAUUGUUUUCACUGCUAGUCAAAGUAUAUAUGCAGAACAACUUUUGGAUAUACUGGAUCCUGAUGGGAAGCUCAUCUCUGGUCGAGUUUAUCGGGAAUCAUGCAUUUUCUCCGAAGGAAGCUAUACUAAAGACUUGACAGUGUUAGGUCUUGACCUUGCUAAGGUUAUGAUUGUAGAUAACUCUCCUCAGGUUUUCAGGUUACAAGUAAAUAAUGGAAUUCCAAUAAAGAGCUGGUUUGAUGACCCAUCAGACAACGAGCUUAUGUCAUUAGUUCCUUUCCUGGAGACCUUGGCUGACGUCAAUGAUGUGCGCCCUCUUAUUGCAAAGAGAUUCGGUAACAAGGAAUAAAAACCCCUUGUUCUCUCUUUAUAUUUCAGUUCAUCGCUGAUUAACUCUUUCAUCAACCAUUUUUGCAAAAGCAAGCACCAGUCAGAUGCUCUAUUCUUAUAUCUUUCUUGCUAUAAUUUUCAUAAAGUAAUUAGGUUUAUGCUUGAGGUAGGUUUACUGUCUGUCAUUCCUUUCUUCUCCUGGCUAACAACCUGUGUUAUAUGAUUGAUUCCCAUGGUAGUUCCAGGAACUCUUUUUAAUUUUGUUCUUGUACAGAUAAAGAUGCUGUUAUUUUGCUUGAAUUUGUAAAUAAUUUGGAAGUAUUCUGUAGUCCUUUAUGAACCAUUAAAAAUCAUUGAUAGACAUGCCUAAAGAUGAUUUUUUUGGGUAUGAUAGAAUUUAAAUCAAACAUGGAUAUCAUUUUGAUUCAGAAAAGUUAUGAAAUAGUGGCUCAAAUAGUCAUAUGUACAUAGUAUUUGUUUUAAUUUCAAUAAUAAGGCAGCACAAUAUAUUGAAGUGGUUUUUGCUUGGAAAUAUAUUUGAACAUAGCUUCCUUCCACUAACCUUUGGGAUGCAGUUUUGUUUAUGUACAAGCCCAUUCCCAUUGUCCACUAGUCUUGGAAGAAAAUAAAUAAAUAAAAUAGUGGGCAGGGGGGAGAUGAAGAAAUGAAAGUAAAUGUAGGCUAAAGAUACAUGGAAGAACAUAGAGAAAGCACAACAUUAGUCUUGCCAAAAAAAAAAAAAAAAAAAAAAAAAAAUAUUGAAAAAGAAAAAAUGAAAAAGGAAAAAAGAAGAGAGGGAGAUGAAAUAAUGAAAGUAAAUUGGAGGCUAAAAAAUCUUGGAAGAACAUAGAGAAAGCAUAAAGAUGGGGAAACUAUAUUUAGCUUAUCACGUUGUUCCUUUGAAUUUUGAGUUUCCAUCUUUCUAUUUGCUAACUUUUGUCUUGUGCUUUUUUUUGGAGAAUUGGGGGGGGGGGGGGGGGGCACAAUAAGCAAGGAUAAUCUGCAACUGUAAAUAUAGAUCUUUUGACAUACAACUGUAUAAGAGCACCAGUUUGGAUGUUGUUUAUUGACUUAAUAUUAGCGCAGAAAUCAUUCAUUGACAAGUUAACCCCUUUAUGAAUUUAUGAUAUGACAAGUGACCAAAUUUAUUCUUAAGAGUAGCUUCUUGUAUAAAUAAGUUAUUGAAACAUGAUCAUGAUGGCAUUACGGUGAUAAAAUUACCCGGGGUAAGGAUAGAAUCAUGCAGUCAAGCUUUCUUGCUAGCUUGUGUGCAUAGAGGAGUCACACUACUUAAUGUAAGUAGCCCUUUUAAGCCUUAAAAGUGGCCAUUUUUUUUUGGUGGGAAAAGGUGGGGAUGAAAACUCUUCCUUACUCAGACAAUGGUAUAUGGGUGAGGUUCAAGUUAUUCUUUCAAAUAGUAGUUCCUAGCGGUGAUUGUCAGAGGCUUGGUGUCCCUAUACCAAUAUGUUUCCUUAUACAGUCAGGAGGUGGCUCUUGUUUACAAAUCUAAUCCCUUACGGAGACUUAAGAUGUUGCUCUUGUUUGAUUGUGCUCUUUAUACUGCUCAAAUCCAUGCUUUAUGCCAUGAAAGUACUGCUUGAACCAAGUCUGUCAAAACUAUGUCCUCAAUUAGGCCCUGUGUAGUUGUGUUGAUAUGUGGUGGCUUACUCUUUGUUAGGGUGUUAAUGUUAGAGAAAUAAUGGUGGGUAUCAUCGUGAGAAUAAUUAGAUAAAAGAUGUCAAGUUGAGGUUUCUGUCCACAAAUCCCUUGUCAGCACCUCUUUUUUAGGUGUGCAAGAAUUUUGAUUGGUACAGCACCACACAGCUGUUGAAAGGCUCUGGAUUUUCCAAGAAAAACAAGAUGUACCUGCUACUGAUGUAAGAUUUCUUGUUAUUGUUACACUGUAUAUAAUUUAUGGUCAUUCUUUUCUAUGUGAUCUGGUGACUGCAUGCUUCCUUUAUGUGUACUAUUGUCUUUACUAUGUGUAGGAUCAGAGGCCUAAUGGCCGUGCAGUUAUAGUAAUAUUAGUACACUGGUGAGUUUACAACUUCAGCCUUGGGCUAACAAAAGUUGGCAAGUACAACAUUGAAAUCAUUUGAGAUGCUAUCUUAAAUAUUUAUAACUUGUAGUGUGAGUUAACCAACCCUGUGCUUGCUUUCCUAGCUUAAGAGUAUGGAUGUUUGGUCUCUAACUCUCUAUAUUCUUUUUUUUUUUAAAUCAACUUCCGGACUUGUAUGUUACUCAAUUUUUCCUGGUUUACUUUUUGUGCUUGCUACUAAGCCUUUCUAUUUCCUUGAGAAGUUUCUUUUAAUGCUGUGAUUGUGAUCACUAGGUUCAAUGAGGUAAAUUUGGCCUGCUCAGUAGACCUUGAUGGUUGGAGUUGUAGUCUUUGUUAUCAUGAUGAUAUAUAACUUGGGACAUACUGUUGAAGAGUAAAGGGCUGAAAGAAGAAUUCUAGAGAGAACUUUUCUGGAUAAUGCUAUAUUAGGAUAAUAUGGCGUGUCAUAGAAUGUGGUUAUCUAGGAAUGGAUCCUUAGAAAUUGAAUUUCCGAGACCCUUUCUUAUAGUUUUUAUGUAAAAAUGUGGAACAAUAUAAUUUAGGUAUCAGCCUAUCAGGUGAGGAAUUCCAUACCCCUGUUGGAUUUACGAGUGUUUAACACAGUUACACAGUCAAAGUACAGAAUUAAUGUAUGCACAUUGAGGGAGUGCUCACUGGAUGUUUUAUGAAAGCUUGUUGUUUGUAGUUCAGCCCUGAUUAUUCUCUUCAGAGGGAGGGAGGGAGAGAGAGAGAAUACAUGACGAAGGCUAUGGGGAGAGAGAGAGAGAGAGAGAGAGAGAGAGAGAGAGAGAGAGAGCAAUACAUGAUGCAGGCUAUGGAUUUGGGUGAUUACGUGUCAAGGACAUAAGUUGCUUGUGCAAUGGUAUGUUUCCUGAUGCUCCAUUCAACUAUAGAAGCUUUUUGGUAAGUGGUAUGGAGCUAUAUGACAUAAUGUAAAGGGGAUUAUCAUGGUAAUAUCUGCUGAUUAAGGGUAAUAGCCUUUUGCUGUUGAAGAAGAGUUGAAAGUUACUGGAAAUCAUUGUUAUAUCUACUGAUUGCAGUGCUUUCCUGAGUAGAGUAGAGUGUUUUAUAAUGUGUAUGGACUGUAUUAAUGACUAGAAUGCUGUUAUAUGAACCAAUAUUAGGUCAGUUAUACCAAAAAGUCCCAUGUCUAAUGAAUUUAUCUUAGGUUCUCAACUUCUCGUGAUUCGACUGACAUUUUUACUGGUCUUCUUUUGUUGAUGAAGAUUCAUGAGAGACAGGCCUGUUCUUAGUAGCAGAAGCCAACUGAUCUGUAAGUUAAAAAGAUUUGACAGAACCUAAAUUUCAUAGUUUACUAGCUUGCAUGCCUUAUUGCAGGUUUAUAUAGGGAUGUUAAUGGAUUGGCUGCUUAUGCAAAUACUACCUUACUAGGUACGCCAAGUUCAAAUUUCCUGUCAUUUCUGCUGAAUCCUCAUAAUGCAGAUGGUUGUUAGCAUUUUGUUAUGCUUCCCUUCUAUUUGUCUUGUUUUACAUUUAAUAUUGCUCAAUUCCAGAAAGAAACCUUGAGAUGCUACAAAAUCUUUACAACCUUUCGUCUUUGCUAUUGCCCAAUUUUGGGCUGCAAUUCCUGCGGCCAACAGGAUAUUGUAAUUUAGAUUAUAGAAGUUACUACAAUUUUUUUCUGAUGGGAAAUUCUUUAAAAUUAUGGUUAUAUCAGUGUGUUUAUUCAGUUCUGUAAUUUGAUUUGUGGACAUAAGGCUUAUUCACAAGCUUCUCAUCUUGGUUAGUUGAUCUAAAUUCUCUUCUGUAUUUUUACGCUCUAGCCAAAUGUAUAAUUUGCUUGGCUUAGUUAUUUUAUACGCAGGUGGUUCUUUCCA